ACGCGCAGCAGGCCCCGCCCACCCAGGCGAUAGGAACCCACUCCGGCCCGCUACAGCUGCUGCCAUGUCCCGGCCGCAGCUUCGACGCUGGCGCCUCGUCUCUAGCCCGCCGAGCGGCGUCCCGGGUCUAGCGCUGCUGGCGCUGCUGGCGCUGCUGGCGCUGCGGCUCGCGGCCGGGACCGACUGCCCAUGCCCGGAGCCUGAGCUCUGCCGCCCAAUUCGCCACCAUCCAGAUUUCGAGGUCUUUGUGUUUGAUGUUGGACAGAAAACUUGGAAAUCUUAUGAUUGGUCACAGAUUACAACUGUGGCAACAUUUGGAAAAUAUGACUCAGAACUUAUGUGCUAUGCUCAUUCAAAAGGAGCCAGAGUAGUACUUAAAGGAGAUGUAUCCUUAAAGGAUAUCAUUGAUCCUGCUUUCAGAGCAUCCUGGAUAGCUCAAAAACUUAAUUUGGCCAAAACACAAUAUAUGGAUGGAAUUAAUAUAGAUAUAGAGCAAGAAGUUAAUUGUUUAUCACCUGAAUAUGAUGCAUUAACUGCUUUAGUCAAAGAAACUACAGACUCUUUCCAUCGUGAAAUUGAGGGAUCACAGGUAACCUUUGAUGUAGCUUGGUCUCCAAAGAACAUAGACAGAAGAUGCUAUAAUUAUACUGGAAUCGCAGAUGCUUGUGACUUCCUCUUUGUGAUGUCUUAUGAUGAACAAAGUCAGAUCUGGUCAGAAUGUAUUGCAGCAGCCAAUGCUCCCUAUAAUCAGACAUUAACUGGAUAUAAUGACUACAUCAAGAUGAGCAUUAAUCCUAAGAAACUUGUAAUGGGUGUUCCUUGGUAUGGUUAUGAUUAUACCUGCCUGAAUCUGUCUGAGGAUCAUGUUUGUACCAUUGCAAAAGUCCCUUUCCGGGGGGCUCCUUGUAGUGACGCUGCAGGACAUCAGGUGCCCUACAAAACGAUCAUGAAGCAAAUAAAUAGUUCUAUUUCUGGAAACCUAUGGGAUAAAGAUCAGCAGGCUCCUUAUUAUAACUAUAAAGAUCCUGGUGGCCACUUUCAUCAAGUAUGGUAUGAUAACCCUCAGAGUAUUUCUUUAAAGGCAACAUAUAUACAAAACUAUCACUUACGGGGCAUUGGCAUGUGGAAUGCAAACUGUCUUGACUACUCUGGAGAUGCUGUAGCCAAACAGCAAACUGAAGAAAUGUGGGAAGUCUUAAAGCCAAAGCUGUUACAGAGAUGAACAUCUUUUGUCAAACCAUUAAGAGUUAGAAAAAUGAUCUGUAUAAACAGAUCUAGUUUCUUGCAUUUUUAUUAUGUUGCUAUAUACUUUUGUUAUCCGUAUACUAAAAAAAUAAAGAAUAAAUAAAUGUUUUGAUUGUUUGAAUUUGAAAAAUACACACAAAUGUCCUCAGUAUCCAGGAACAUAAAGGCAAGAAGCAAGUCAACUUACCUAUUAAAUAUUCCUCUAUUAGAUGUUUCAACACUAUAAUUUAAUUGGGAAAAAUUGCUUUCAGAAUUUUAUUAUGCCAUAUUUCCCUUCAUUAUAGUAAAAUAUAUGCUCACGAAUCAAUGCUGAUUUUUAAAAUAUGUAUAAUCUGAAGUGGAAAUUGUUUGCUUAGAGUUUUUAAAAACCUAGUCUUUGAAAAGCAGUUUGUACUAUACUUUUCCCCCAACCCUCCAAUAAAUCUUAAAUUUAAAACCUA